AUGAACAUGGAGAACGUGAAAAAGUUAAUCGAGGCGAUAGAUCAGCACCUGAAAAUCAGCUCCGAGGACACAGCAAGCGUUAUUAGCAGAAAUUUGCAAGUAUUGAGUGUGACGAUAGAUUUGAGUGUUUUUGAUCCUCACACGAAUGUCGCCGCACAGUUUUACAUGAGUUUGUAUGAAUUAUUGAAGAGUGUUGAAGCGAAAUCACCCCUAGCUUGGUACUGUGUGGAUGUUUUAAGUAAUUGUUGUCGAAAUGCUUCGGCUAGGUGUGUUUUGAUAAAUACUUACCAUUUUUUACCGUCUCUGACGAGACUAUUGAGCGAUCAGCUGACGGUGGAGAAGAAAAUUGGCGUUUUACGUCUGAUGCAGGAGCUAUCGUGUGGAAUUAAAAUAUCAUGGGAAAUUCCACAUCUGCCGCACCUAUUCAAAACUCUUACAAAGUGGAUUGAAAGUGGUUCAGAAAAAAUCGUUACGUUAUCUUUGGGUGUUCUCGUAAAUGUUUGCUAUCAAAAUGUGCCUGCUAUUUAUACCUUAACCAGGGAGGUUGAUAUUCAGCAACUCAUACGGAUUUGUAUGCCAUUAAAGGGUUCAGUUAUAGAACUAUUGGUAUGCAAACUUUUAGUAAUUCUGGACUAUACCAAAAGUGUGUUUCCCAAAGACAUUUUCAUAAGAUUAGUGGAUUGUACCUUUAAAGGUGUAGAGGAAAACAUCAAAUCAAAAGACCCGAUUUUUUUGCGACAAAUGGUGGAAUUUUUUUUGGACACCUUAAAACAAGAGUCCUGUGCUUCUUACACUUUUAAUAACAAUGCAGAAGAGUUAAAGAACUUGCUGGAAAUAAUAGAGAAUAAUAGCAUCGAACCUGAAUGUCUCGGAAUAGUGUUUGAAUUUUUUUUGGGUCUACUCGAAAGAAAAUUACCUUACUUGGAUGAAUUGAGGCCCAAAUUUAUUGCAGUCACUUUAAAGUGGAUUCAAAACGAUCAUGUGUCGUCGCAAGCUUUAAAUAUACUUAAAAGUAUUGCCGUAAACACCCAAAAUCAUGAUAAUGUGAUUUUGGAACCGCUUAUAGCCGGCCUGCCCGUAUAUUUACUAUCGCUAAACACUCUGCAAGGAAAUAUUCCGUCAAAUAACGAACACAACAAAAAACUGGUGGCUCUACUGCAAUUAUUAGAAGCCAUGCUGAAGGUUGACUCCUUACGGGACAAGGUGUUAAAAGACAUAAACCCUGAGUCCAUAGGGAAAGUAUUUUUGCCCCUAACAGGCGAAGAGGGGGCUGGAGAUGUGAGCAAAACGAAAUCACACUCGUAUAAGUCGAUGGAAUCGGUGGAAAACACCGAAUCCAUCAACCUGUACGUCUACGGGUUAUCUCUGGUGAAUAUGCUGGCCAAAUACGACCCCGACUGGGCCAAAAAACAAACCAGAUUAAUGCAAAACAGGGAGGUUCAUAUGGUUCUCGCUCAAGCGCUUUACUGCAGUCCGUUCGAAGUCCGAAAAGAAGUAAUGAAAAUGUCUGCCCUGCCGAAUUUUCCCGCGGACACCGUCGCCCGAGCCAUGGGCAAUUUACAACCCAUGGUUUUGGUGAACGCGCCCGGCGAACACGUCAGCAAAAAACCCAGGAUCGAACCGAAUUUCUCGCACCAUGAAAAGGAGACUUUGGACGGCAAACUCAAGAAGCUAAAAUCGCUGUACGAUAAAAACCUGCUAAACCUGUCGACUUCCGACGUGAUGGAGCUGUACGAGUACAAGCUGUACUCCAUGGCGCACGCCGAGCGCGCAGCCAUGGCAAGCUGCGAAGCAGCUUCGGAGCGCUGCACGCAUCUGCAGCACCGCACCGCGCAGCUGACGGCGGAGCUGAACCGGCUGCACCAGCUGCUGUUUCGCGCGCAGCAGUCGCACGAGGAAGCGGUCAAGAAGAAGGAAGCCAUCGACGCGAUCACCAGCAACCUGCAGCAGCGCUUGGAGGUGGAGAAAAGCCGGUGCGUCAAGUUGAGCGCGACGGAAAAACAGCUGAAGGAGAGUUUGAGCGACGUUUCGAAGAAAUUCGAGGACGUUUCUCAAAGUAAGAGCGUUUUGGAGGAGCAGCACGGUAAGUUGAAGCAGUUCUGCAACAAGCUCGAGGAGAACGGCACGCGAUUGGAGAGGAACCUCCAAAACAAAGAAGAAUCGCUCAAGACGGCCAACGCCAACAUACACGAUUUAAAAACGAAAGUAAACGAGUUGGAGCUGCUGAUCAAAAAGAAGGAUUUCGAUAUCGAAUCAAAAACCGCUCAAUUAAAGGAAGUUACGAGAAAUUUGAUGCUGAGGGAAAAGGCGAUAGAAAGCAUCGUCAAUUUGGCGGCAAAUUCUAAAAACAGUUCCGUAGCGUGA